AAAACAAAUUAUCCGCUAGGUGGCGAUAUAAAUCUUUAGUUCCUUCGAAAGCGCUAAAUGAAGAAGAAAAGUGGGCGGGGCGACAAACGGCUUUGUUAGAAGGGCGGGUUUUAGGCCUAGUUUCAAACCGUUUGCUGUUUACUCUAUAAGUGCACUACAUAGAGUGUCACAUAAUAGCAUAUUGCCGCCUACGUAGUGCACUAGGUGUCUUACACAGAGACAUUUGGGAUUGACCAUAACUGAACGCGGGAAUUGGCGGGUAUUGGUACUAAAACAGUAUCUGUAACCUUGGUGAUAUUUCUUAAUACAGCAAAGGUUAAAUAUUCUUUAGCUAUGUUUUAACACAUCACUCUCUUCCUCAUGCUUCCAUUUCACUCUCAAAGUCAACGUACAGCCAUUUUGUGUGUUUAUUUGUAAAGUUUUUAGUGUCGGCUCCCACUUCCCCCGGGUGAGAAGGGGUUUUAUUCGUAUGUCUGACAUGGAGAACUUUCAGAAAGUGGAGAAAAUCGGAGAGGGAACAUAUGGAGUGGUUUAUAAAGCUAAAAACAAAAUCACCGGCGAAACCGUGGCUUUGAAGAAAAUCCGCCUGGACACGGAGACCGAAGGCGUGCCGAGUACCGCCAUUCGAGAAAUCUCCCUGCUGAAGGAGCUCAAUCACCCCAAUAUUGUCAAGCUGCUCGAUGUCAUCCACACGGAGAAUAAGCUUUAUCUCGUGUUUGAAUUUCUUCACCAAGACCUCAAGAAAUUUAUGGACUCGUCCUCAGUUAACGGCAUUUCACUUCCGCUGGUCAAGAGCUACCUGUUCCAGCUGCUGCAGGGUCUGUCUUUCUGUCACUCUCACCGGGUUUUACACCGAGACCUGAAACCUCAGAAUCUGCUCAUUAAUGCGCAAGGAGAAAUUAAACUGGCCGAUUUUGGCCUGGCCAGGGCUUUCGGUGUGCCCGUACGCACAUAUACACACGAGGUUGUGACUUUGUGGUACAGAGCACCAGAAAUUCUACUGGGCUGUAAGUAUUAUUCCACAGCUGUCGACAUCUGGAGCUUGGGCUGCAUUUUUGCCGAAAUGAUUACUCGGAGGGCGCUGUUUCCUGGAGAUUCAGAAAUCGAUCAGCUGUUCCGCAUUUUCCGAACCCUCGGCACUCCCGAUGAGUCUGUGUGGCCUGGAGUGACCUCAAUGCCUGAUUACAAGCCAUCUUUCCCCAAGUGGGCACUGCAGGACCUGUCUAAAGUGGUGCCCCCUCUGGAUGACGACGGCAGAGACCUGCUCGCACAAAUGCUGAGAUAUGACCCCAACAAGAGAAUCUCAGCCAAGAACGCCCUCGUUCACCGAUUCUUCCGUGACGUCACCAUGCCCGCGCCUACUUUGCGGUUUUGAGGCACGUGUCUGUGACUGGCGUAGGCUGUAGAGGCAGAGCAAUCCCAUCCAUCGUCUCUUCUUCCUGAGGACGUUCUUCCUCUACGCCAGAGACUGUCAGACAGUUUCAGUCUUCAGCUUUGGUGCCUUUUAUAUACCAGAGUUUAGCUAAAGUCGAGGUAUUGUGGGGAAGGUUGUAGUUUAUAAGCACAGUGCUCUCAUCUGCUCAGAUUGUGUACCAUGUGCUUGUGCAUUCUGCAGGCUGUUCUUUCUGGAAGGUGACAUUCCUUAAAUCUAUGAACUGUUUAUUCAGGAAUUAGUUGACUGUCUGUUAUUAAAAAAAAAAAAUCUCUUCAUUAAGAGUCCUAUGAUGCACCAGCAUAAAAGUAUUUAUUUUGGCUUGCCAAAAAUAGUCACUUUUGAUAGUUCUGAAUAUUUUUUUGUAAUUGGUGAUUUUAUGCCUUUUUAGGCAGAUUUUUUUUAUCCCUGUUUGAUAAUUAUACAUAAACUUGUUAAGACA